AUGUUGCCAUUAUUGUUGUUGUUAUUAGAUAGUUGUUCCUGCAACGAUACGCCAUUCAUCAUCAAUCGAGUCACAAAUCAAGUGGAAUUCUCGGAUUUACUGCCAGGAUACAAUUAUGAUCAUGCUGACAACAGUUCUGAAGAGGUAACAAUAAGUUUUGCGAUACGUCAUGUACUUGUUCAUUCUGAUGCACUCUCCUUAUCAUGUGAAAUUUACCAAAAAUGGCGAGAUUUACGUCUUAAAUACAGUGGGAUUAAAUCCAUUACCAUUCCGAAGGAUAUAAAAAUUUGGAAGCCUGACACUAGCUUCUCUGAAUCUGCUGCAACUUGUAGCGCAGAAUCGCUUCGUUUAUAUUCUGAUGGCACUAUUUGUUGGAAACAACGGGCUACUUUAACAUUUCCUUGUAUUUCAGACUUUGUUUUAAACAAGUAA